UCCGGCGCGCGCCGCUCACGUUUCUGCUCGGCAGCGCCACGGGAGCCCGCGACGGGGAGAAGUUUGCUGCGCUUGGACGCCCCGCGUGAGUCGGCGAAGGAAAGCAAGCCGCCCGCCCGACCAGCCAUUACCCUACCUCCGCCUGGCACGGAAAGCAUCACUAAACUUGAAAAUGUCUUCUGUGAAACACCUUGUUUAUGCUAUCAUCCAUUUCCUGAGAGAACAGAGUCAGAUGGAUACUUUCACUUCAGAUGAACAAGAGAGCUUGGAAGUGGCAAUUCAGUGUUUGGAGACAGUCUUCAAAAUUAAUCUAGAGGAUACCCGUCUUGCAGUACCUUCACGUUUGAUAGAAAUAUUUGCAGAUUCCUGUCAUAAGAAUGAGAUUCUGCCUCUCUCAGAUUCUUUGCCAGAGGACCUUGAAAAAGCUGACCAGCUCAAGGAUGAAGGUAAUAAUCACAUGAAAGAAGACAAUUACGCAGCUGCUGUGGAUUGUUACACCCAGGCUAUAGAAUUAGAUCCAAAUAAUGCAGUCUACUAUUGCAACAGAGCUGCUGCUCAAAGUAAAUUGAACAAUCACAGUGAAGCAAUAAAAGACUGUGAGAGAGCAAUCGCAAUAGAUCCAAAAUACAGCAAAGCAUAUGGAAGAAUGGGAUUGGCUCUGACUUCAAUGAAUAAAUAUCAAGAGGCAAUUAACAGUUACCAAAAGGCACUGGAUCUUGAUCCAGAAAAUGACUCUUACAAAUCAAACUUGAAAAUAGCUGAACAGAAAUCAAGAGACAUGUCCAGUCCUACUGGAACUGGUCUGAGUUUUGAUAUGGCAAGUUUGAUAAACAAUCCUGCCUUCAUUAGCAUGGCAGCAAGUUUAAUGCAGAAUCCUCAAGUCCAGCAACUGAUGUCAGGAAUGAUGACAAAUGCUAUUGGAGGUCCUGCUGCAGGUGUUGGUGGUCUUACUGAUCUGUCAAGCCUAAUUCAUGCGGGACAGCAGUUUGCCCAGCAGAUCCAGCAGCAAAACCCAGAGCUGAUAGAGCAACUGCGAAACCAUGUUCGAAGCAGAUCCUUCAGUGGUAGCACUGAAGAGCACUCUUGAUUCAAGAGACAUAAGUUAAAAUAAUUGUUCUACUAAUUCCAAAAGGCAUAUCGUAGCUUGUAGCAAAUAUCACCAUUGUAAUUCUUCUCAGACAUGAGAUAGAAAAUUCUUUGUGUGUAUUCCUUAUUGUCUGUUGGAAACAGAUCAUUGCACACAGAUUUGAACAUAUGUAUGUUUAGUGAUGCCUUUGUACAUGGACUAUAAGUAGAACUGUUGACUUAUUAAAAUCUCUGUGUCAGGGGAGCAUCUUUAUAUUAAUAAGCAACAGCAUGUGGAUUUUUCAUUCUCUUUGAGAGAAUGGAUUUUUUGCAGCAUACUGUGCAUUGAAAAAUAACAUCUGAUGCAUGCCAGAGGAAUAGAAGACUACUACUUGAUGGGCCAUCACUCCUGUAUAAAGGUUGUGUAUAAAUUAUAUUCAGUAAGGUUGUUUCUUGCCCUUCAAUACAAGGCAGUGGGAUACAUAAACAAUUGUGCAUGUCUAAUUGGCAAUAAACAAAGUAAAGUGUUCACUUUUGACGAAGUAUGGUUGAUUACUGGAAUUGUUGAAAGGACUAAUAGGCCUGACUGGCUGAAUUGUUUCAGGAUGAGAUAAUAUGGCAGGAGAAAGAAAAACUACGAGUGAGCAGAUGGUGGAGAUAGAUGGAUAGGUGUGUUUAUAGGAAGUGGGCUAGAGAUUUGAAGCUGCAUAUAUAAUGUAAGAGGGCAGCUAAAGCCAAAGCAGUUUGUAGAGUGAUUGGUAUUGAUUAACUGCCAGGUCUGAAAGAAGAUAUAGAGGAAUGCUUGAUCUUUCAUAUUGUUUUAUAAACAGGAUUAACAUCCAAAGCUGCUGUACUAUGGGGGUGGGGGAAAAUGGGAGAAGAAAAUUGUGAAUCCCAUCGUUAAGAUGUAUGAUUAAGCAAUGGAGCCUCCAAAUAACUUGUCUUGGAUGAUUAGUAGAAGGAUGA